GCUAACAAGCUAACCAGCAACACUACAAUAAGGUGGCCGGCGAAAGGUCCCGUGAGAGGUAUACAGAAAACAUUGGAUUAAAAACUAAGUAACGAGGCAUGGAUUAAUCACUUGGCGUCAAAAUCAAAUGGAAGAUAUUCUACCAAGGGAAACUGUUCAUCGGCCUGGGAUUGUUUCAUUUCGUGAAGAUAAGAAUUUUCAAAUAAUGCGACUCAGUGCCUGGCAGUGAUGGAGGUGAUCUGUCGGCGUACUAGUGGUGAAUGUAUUGUAUUAUCUAACUGUGUCGUUGUCAUUAGAAUAUAUUGAAAUAUUUAUAUAUAGGCUUAUAAAUAAUACAUGAAACGGAAUGUUGAACUGCGUUUAAGAGCACCCAUAACAACAAGCACCUGAUAGCUAGAUAGCGAGCCAGCUAACGUUAGCUAGCAUUACAGGCUCACAGACGCCUCGCUUAGCAUAAGCCUGCUAGCAAGCAUUUUCAAAGGGGAAAGAUUGAAUUGAAAUUUAUGGCAUUUGGGUGCUGUUAUUAGGUGUUGCGCAAAGUUUUGCUGUCGCGCCAAUAAUUGUCACUACGAUUAUAACGUUACUUUUUAUCGGAUUUUACAACUCGGUCACUAACUACCCCUGGAAUUUUACAAAAUGCAUCAUUCCGAAUCUACCGGAGACUCCGCAGGCAUUAGGAAGAUGGCGCACCCGGCAAUAUUUCCUAGAAGGGGUAGUAACACCGGUAGCAGUAGUGCCUCUGCGUUGACAACGGCGGCUAAUGCGAGCGUUAGCAAUAAUAUAAUUCCGAAUGACGAUUACCAGUCGCCUUUGGUGAUACAGCCUCCACCACCGGCGGGAUCGUCGUCCCCUGGGCCCCAGCAUCACCCACAAAGCCUUAACCUCCUCUCCCAAUCCCAGCUGCAUUCCCAAACUCUCCAGGUCGGGGCUCAGAUAAAAAAGAAGAGCGGUUUCCAGAUCACGAGUGUUACGCCGGCCCAGAUUUCCGUCAGCACAAACAACAGCAUUACAGAAGACACUGAGAGCUGCGACGACUUGGACGAGUCGCACACGGAGGACCUGUCUUCGUCUGAGAUCCUGGACGUGUCCCAGUCUCUGUCGCGGGCUACUGACAUGGGGGGGGCGGAGAGGAGCUCCUCUGAAGAAACUCUGAAUAACUUCCAUGAGGCAGACACACCGGGUGCCCUGUCUCCCAACCAGCCCCCUCACCCACUCUCGCAUGGGACUCAGCACGGGCCAAUGGUGAACGGGACUGCAAAUCAUCACCCGCACCAGCAACAUAGCCAUAUCCAUCACCCCAACCUUGGGCAUCGCCACCAAGUGCCCCAUUCCCAGCCAACCUCCGGCUUACCAGUAGGGGGCGGUGUUUCUGUUGCUGGCACGUCCACCUUGGGGGCUUUAUCCGGCGUCGCUCCAAAGUUCCAGACGGGUUUGGUGGCCGCCGCUGUGAAUCCGCACACCAAUAAACCUGCUGCCUUGGCUCAGCCUGUUGCCACAUCAUCCUCAGGUACGGGAACACUCUCUAUGCCUGCGGCAGCGGCAGUUAACAUGGUCAAUCCCUCCAUCAGCAAAGUUAGCGAUGUGAAUAUGUUGCGGUCAACCGGCAGGGGCCCCUCCGCCGGUCCGCAGAACGCUAAAAGCAUUAGCGCCGCCAUGGAUAGCAGCGGUCUGGGCGUAAACUCGAUGCAGCAGCAAAGUGCGGUGCAGCCGGUUGCCAUGACGACAGCCAGCGUCGCUCCCCCUGGUGUCGUGAGGCCUGGGUCGGGGGGUGUUGCUCCGUCCCCUGCCGCCAUGACUCCUGCCCCGCCACAACAGGUUCCUGCCCCCACCUCUGCUCCCAACCCUCCUCCCGCCUCCACCAGCUCCCGCUUCAGGGUGGUGAAGCUGGACUCCAACUCCGAGCCGUUUAAAAAGGGGCGCUGGACCUGCGCGGAGUACUACGAGAAGGAGGCCCCGCCGCCGGCCGACGGCCUCAGGAGCGGGCAGCUGGCAGCCGAGGGAAUGUGCGAACGCGAAGGCCCCGUCGCCACUCCCGGUCACCACGGCGACACCGCGGAAGCCCAGCAGGCCUUUCAGCAGCCGCCUCCGGGCGUCCAGAACCAACUCCUGGGUGCGCCCUGGCCGCACACCGUCCAGGACCCAGGCCUCCUGAAGUCCGCCGCGGCUCAGUCCGUUCCCACCGUGCCGGGCGUGGCGCUGCACCAGCAGGCCGCCGUCAACCAGGGAGGCCAGCAGACGGCUCCUGCUCCCCAGCAUCAGAUGGCGUACGCACUGGCAGGGCAGUCCGCUCAGGCGGGCUAUGUCCCCUCCGCCCAACAGCCGCCGGCGCCUGCCCAGGCCAUGGCGACCGUGCAGCCCGGGGUCCGAGUGCCGCAGCCACACCCGCCGGGCCACUUAGCGGCCGGGGCGGUUCCUCCGCCCGUAAGCGGCCAGCCUGCGGUUAGCAUGCCCUCCGCCACGGCUCAAACCCUCCCCCAGGGUCUCCAGCAGCCUGCCCCCCAGGCUCAGGCCAUUCCCCCCCAGGCCUCCAGCGCCACCCAGCCCCGCCCGACUCCGGUUCCUGUUCCUUCCGAGCAGCUGCUCCCGCCCAGGACUCAGUACCCGGGGAGCCAGCCUCCUCUUCCUGCCGCUUCGUCCACACCCAUCGGCCUCCUGCUGGAACGCAAGCCCAGCCCCGCCCAGGCCCCACCGGCCUUCACCUCCACACAGCUGGAGGACUUCCUCUUUCAGCACCAUUCCCUGCUCUCCCUGCCGAAGCUUGGGGCCGGAGAAUGUGCCUCAGGGGCCCCAGGCCUGGAGGAUGGCGGAGGGACCAGUGCCUUACCGGCCGGGGCCGGCCUGUUCCCCCUGAAGAGCCUGCCCAUGGACGGAGAGGAGGAUAGUUCUUCGGGUGCCAGUGUGGUGGCGAUAGACAACAAAAUCGAACAAGCGAUGGACCUGGUGAAGAGCCACUUGAUGUACGCGGUGAGGGAGGAGGUGGAGGUCCUGAAAGAGCAGAUCAAAGAGCUGAUCGAGAGAAACUCGCAGCUGGAGCAGGAGAACAACCUGCUGAAGAACCUGGCCAGCCCUGAGCAGCUGGCCCAGUUCCAGGCGCAGGUCCAGAGCGGGUCGCCGCCCCCGUCGGCAGUACCGGCCGGGCCCGGCGCGCAACCGCAACCGGCCGCCCCGCCCGCGCAGACGGCCCCCCAGAACGCCGGGCUGUCCGCGUAGCCCCCCCCGACGGGCAACCGAGCAAAAGAACUCCAGCUGCUAAACCCCCCCCCCCCCCCCACACGAACGAGGGAAAGAUACACGCCACGUUCGCGCUGAAGAACUCCGGCCGCUGCUGCCAACGGGAGGAUUCCGUUCCCAAUUUGCACAUAUUUACCCUUCCAAACUGGACAGAAAGCAUUAGUAUCUUUUUUCCUUUUCUUUCCUCACCUCUGCCCGAGAUGCUUUUCACACUUCAGACAAUCGUCUUUGCGAGAGAGAGGCUUCAAGGUUAAAGUUACCAAAAUCCACAGAACUGCUGGGAUCACUAAGGACCGUUUUGUUGUGAAGACCGCUCAAAGAUUCAUUGUGCCUGUGUCAAAAAAAAAAAAAAAAAAAAAAAAAAGGAUUUCAAGUGAUGUCAGUUUUCAUCGGUGACUCCAGAAUUGUGCAGGUGUUACCAUGCUUACCUUUUUUCUUCUUUUUUUUCCUUUUCUUUUUUGUAGUGUAAAUAUACCAGUAUUUUCCAGGCUGUGAGCAUAAUAAUGAGCAAGCACUUUCUUGGUGGCUAAUGUGAAGUUGUUUUGUUUUUUUUGAGGACCAUCACGCUCCCCCCAUCUGGUAUGGGUUAGGCAAAAGAGAAGUUGACUGUAAUCUUUACAUCGCUGUUGUCGUUAUGUUGGUUUGAAUGAAGGAGACAAACCUUUGCUUUUGGGGUGCCGGGGCGCACUGUGUUUUCCAUUUGGAACUCCUCAUUCCUGCCCAUUUUAAUUUGAGGCUGUAUAUUUUUUUUCUCUCUCUUUUUGGUCAACCAGUAACGCCUAGUGCAAUCUGAGGGGGAAAAAAACAAAUGAUUUGGCUCUGCCGAAUUUCGGUAAGGGCUUGUGUAUAUUUGUGUAGUUAGCAUAAGUACUUUGUGAAAUUGCCAUUGCAGAAGGAAAGGGCAAAGAAAACGACAUGUCUGUUUCAAUUGAAAUUGUACAGUUUGAAGUGAGGCUGUUAAUGGACCGCCCUUUGUAAGUUUGGGCAGUCUAUUUUUUGCUGUAACCCAGGAAUGUACCUUCUCAACAUGCUAGGACAUUUAAGUGAUAGUAAACUGUACUUGGUUUUCAUGGCUGAAGUAAAUCCUACUGUGAACCAUUGUUCACUUGAAAUUAUUUUAGGCAUUGCACCAUUGUGAGCAUUUUUCUGACAGUGAAACACUCCGGACAUUCAACUGUUAUUUUUUUUUUACAUUUUAUUUUAUUUUAUAUAAAGCAAACUCAGCAUAAGGCAAACCUGACAUGAAUUCUGCAUUUACAUAUAAGUUGUAUGCUUAUGUUUUUGUGCAUGUUCCUCAAACCAGAAACCAGAAAAAGGUGUAACAUAAUACAAUUGCACUUGACAGUUGCACUUCUCAACUUUCAAUAAAAAUAAAUAAGUGAAACCAAA